AAGAAGAUUGUAACCUGUUGGUUGAAUGUAUUCAAAAGAGUACGCGUGGAACACAGACUAACUCUAUUCUAUUUGGCAAACGAUGUCAUACAAAAUAGCAAAAGGAAACGCUAUGAAUUUGUGGAAAGUUGGGCCACAGCGCUACAACGAGCGACAACUAUGGUGAGAGAUGAAAAGGUAAAAGGCAAGAUUUUGCGUAUUUUCGGCAUUUGGGAACAGCGCGACAUUUACAGUGAGGAAUAUAUAAGCGAUUUAUCUGGCUUGCUCAAUAUAAAUCCACCAAAGAAAUCACAAGCAGUUGUAUCUGAUUCAGCAGAUGACUAUACGAAUGGUCCAUUCAUUGCUAACAUACGUGAAUGUGUCGAGCUGUCUUUGGCGACUGAUAACAGUUUUAAAAAACUGCCUAAGGCGCCUAAUUGUGAUAUCGAGGUCAUAAAGCAACAAAUAAAGGAUAAAAGCCAUUCAGAUGACAUUGAAAAGGAAAUCGAACGUUAUACCACAUACGCUGAGGCAUAUAGUAAGCAUUUGCAAGCAGAAAUUCGUACACGCAAAGCUGUCUUAAGUAACAUUGACACAGCCAUUAAAUUCUAUGCAAAUCAACGAGGCGAAGUAAAGGUGGUAGUUAGUGCCUACAAAAAUUUCGGCAGUCGCAUAAAGCUUGUCAAGAAGAAAUUGGAUGAAAUCACACCAAACUUGCCUAGUCCCAUACCAUCGCCCGACAUAAAUGCACCGUCUCCGGAACCAGAUGCAGAUCUGCCUCUGCCUGAUGACCAAUCACCGAUCUCAAUGAAUCUAUUUAAAAAUUCAAUAAAUGGGUACUCAAGUUAUUUGGAUGGUAAAUUACCAUUUGACAUAAAUGAUUUUAAGCGUGAUGAUAACACUUCCAAUAAAUCAAGUCAGCCGAUUGAAGUAAUAGGUUCACGUUCGGACGAUGAAAGC